AUGGCCGACAACGACAUUGCCACGCGUGCGCCCGAGAGCGAUGCGCAGGAGAUGCCCCAAGAGCAACCCCAAGAGCCAAAGCCGGCAGAAGAGAGCGUCUUUCCUGGAGACACCAGAGCGCAGCAAGGUCCAAGCAUGGGUGAACACUGCACAACAGAUCGCCCCACACCAUCUGGCGAGAAACCUACCGGCGACCUCACGAAACUAGGCGGAGUUGAAUGCUAUAUCGCGAAACCGGCCGACUACCCGCAUUCGCCCUCGAAGCUCUUGCUUAUGCUCACCGGCGGCACAGGCGUCAAGUCUACCAACAACCAGUUGCAGGCCGACAAGUACGCUUCGGAAGGUUACCUUGUCGUCAUGCCUGACCAAUUCGACAACGACCCGGCGCCGAAUACUGUUGACAUGACAGAAAUUCCCAAGGAAGCGUCAUGGCUAGAGUCUGUCAAGCUGAGGACUGCAGAGGGCUUCAAGUCAUUCAUGAUUGACAUGUGGCUUGCUCGCCAUACCCCAGAGAAGGUCCUUCCGCUACUUCACAAAGUUGUUGAAAGUGCGAGGGAAGAGUAUGCCGACGCUGUUGCCAAUGGUGGAGGCAUGUACGGCGUUGGCUACUGCUUCGGCGCCAAGUACAUCCUCAUGUUGGCUUCCGAACUACCCGAUACCGUCGCCUGGGGUCAAGAAGCACAGAAAGAUGUAGAGCAAGGCACUGUCAAGAAAGGGCCGGUUCUGAGGGCCGGUGCUGUUGCGCACCCAACCAUGACAUACAAAGAGGACCUCGAAGCCGUCAAAUCUCCCGUCUACAUUGCCGCGGUCAAGGAUGAUCCCAUGUUCUCGGAGGACGAGGCAUUGACACCUGGACGAAGAGCGAUGGAAAACAACAAAGUCGAGCAUGAGAUACAAGUCUUCUCUGACGUGCCUCACGGUUUUGCCGUCUACGGAGAUUAUGCGGACUCCAAGAUUAAGCAGUCACAAGCACAAGCUUUUGGUCAGAUGCUGGGCUGGAUACAGUCCCACUAA